UUCCUUAAACAAAACCCAGAAAACACAGUAAAGACGAAAGAACAUUGCAAUCUUGUGUUUGUUCAUUGUUCUUGUUAGGGUUUCGCCAUGGAAGAAAGCCCUCGAGCUAGCAGAAAGCGAAGCCAUCCCUUUUCUUCUUCUUCUCCUUCUCCUCCACCUACCAAGCGCCCCAAUUUCCCUUCCUUCCAAGACAUCCCCAACCUUCCUUCCAACAUCAAAUCCCUCUGUCACCUCAUUGCCACUACCUCCGCCGCCGCCAUCGAGCACGCCCUCGAAGGCGCCGCAGUCGUCAUCACCCCUCACGACGUCGAGGAAGUCCUCAGACUCUCCUACGGCUUCCCAGGCCAGGCCGUCAAAUUCUUCCGGUGGAGCGGCCGCCAACUCCACAACAACCACACUCCUUAUUCCUGGAACCUCGUGGUCGACCUCUUGGGCAAGAAUCGCUUCUUCGACGCGAUGUGGGACGCUAUUAAGUCAAUGCAGAAAGAAGGGCUACUCUCGCUGGCCACGUUUGCCUCUGUCUUCGAGAGCUAUGUCAUCGUCAACAGAACCCGGGAAGCGAUUAUGGCUUUUGAGGUUAUGGAGAAUUACGGUUGUGUGAGGGACGUGAUUGCUUUGAACUCAUUGUUGAGUGCAAUUUGUAGGGAUGGUAGGACAGUUGAUGCUUGUGAUUACUUGCAGAUUGCAAAGAAAUUUGUCCGGCCGGAUGCCGAUUCUUACGCGAUUUUGAUGGAAGGAUGGGAGGGAGAAGGAGAUAAGGGUGUGUUUGGUGCGAAGGAGACUUUUGCUGAGAUGGUGAUUGAGAUUGGAUGGGAUCCUGCCAAUGUGCCUGCUUAUGAUUCAUUCCUGUGUGCCCUUGUUAGAGGGCCUGAUGGAUUGCUAGAGGCUAUUAAGUUUGUUGAUUCAAUGAGGGAUAGGAGGUGUUACCCUGGUGUGAGGUUCUUGAAGGUUGCAUUGGAUGAGUGUAUCAAGUUUCAUGAUGCUAGGACUGCAAAGUUUUUCUGGGAGGUGUUGGUGGAGGUGGGGAGGGUGUUGCAACCCACCACGGAGAUGUACAAUUUGAUGAUUGCUUUGUUUUGUUAUUGUGGUGAUACUGAUGAUGCGAGGAGGAUGCUUGAUGAAAUGGUUUUCCGAGGGGCCUUUCCUGAUGUGGCGACUUAUAAUUUGCUGUUUAAGUUCUUGAUCAAGGGGAGGAAAUUGAGAGAGGCGUCUGCAGUGUUUGCUGAGAUGGUGAAGAACGAGUUUGUGCCGGAUCAGGAUAACUGUGAUGCGGCGGUUAAGGUAUAUGUGCAUGGUGGGGAGCCUCUUUUGGCGAUGAAGGUUUGGAAGUGUUUGGUUGAGAAUUAUCAGAGUGAUUUGGAGCGGACAGCGAAUUUUCUGGUUGUGGGGCUUCGUGAUUUGAAUAGGGUUCCGGAGGCGGUUAAGUAUGCUGAGGAUAUGAUUGGAAGAGGAAUCAGGUUGUCCUCUUCCACACUGUCAAAACUGAGACAAACCCUUGUCAAGGAAAGAAAGGAAUUUGUGUAUGAAGAACUUUUGAGAAAGUGCAAUUCUCAAUAAGUGCUAUGGAAUUUACUAAAAUUGUGUAGUUUAAUGUUAGUACCAAAGUUGAAAGUUUGGCUUUAUCUGCCAUAGAGAGGGAAAUUUUGAAGUGGUUAUUUAAGGUGAUGCUUUGAUUAUGCUGAGCAAGUUGUUGGCUAUGGCAUGUAUCAGCUUUGUAUAUUGUUACUGCAAAAGAUCCUCGUAGAAUUGCUUUAUAAGGUUAGAGUGGAUGAAGUUCAUAUAGUUUUUUUGUUUCUGGUAAAUAUUAUAAAAGAAAAAGGCUUUAUC